GUCAGAGGACGUAGAAAUAAAUAAUUCAAGACAAGAACAUUGGAAUUGUACCUGAUUUCGGGGUGAAACAGUCUUCCGACUGAGCCGUGCGCAUUUACGCACUUGGAUAGUUGGAAUUGGACAAUUUGGCAACUUUUUACGCGCCAAUAUGACAAAAGAGAAGUCAUUGACAGAUAUUCCUCGCAGUCCAGCAGGCAGCGACAGCCCUUUAUCCAAGCAUGGAUCAGAUUCAGAGUCCCCAACCUCCCCAGCUGGGUCAGAGGCACCAGAGCCAGCGCGCAAAAUUACGCACGAACCGGAGAGCAGCGUGAAGCCUGAUCGCUUCCCCGCGUGCAUCCGUGACGCGGUGUCGCAGGUGCUGAAGGGAUACGACUGGUCUCUGCUGCCCGUGCCGGCUAUGGGGGAGCGCGCGCUGAAGAGCCAGCCUCACGUGAAGCGGCCGAUGAACGCCUUCAUGGUUUGGGCUCAGGCCGCGAGGAGGAAGCUGGCGGAUCAAUAUCCUCACCUGCACAACGCGGAGCUCAGCAAGACGCUGGGCAAACUGUGGAGACUCCUCUCUGAAACAGAGAAGCGUCCCUUCGUUCAGGAGGCUGAGAGGCUGAGGAUGCAGCACAAGAAAGAUUAUCCGGACUACAAGUACCAGCCUCGGAGACGCAAGAGCACCAAACCGGGUCAGGGGGACGGUAGACCUGGACUUGUCCUGCAGAAUCAGCAGCAGGGCCCGUAUAAGACAGAACCAGGAGACGAGUACCAUCAAUACCAUACUGACAAAACAGGUCAGUCUCACGGACCUCCAACGCCUCCAACUACUCCAAAAACUGACCUCCACAUGGGGAACAAACACGAGGGUCAGCGUCCUGCAGACACCUCUACCUCCACCACAGGGGGCCGUCAGAACAUCGACUUCAGUAUCGUGGACAUCUCCGAGCUCAGCCCCGACGUCAUCAGCACCAUCGAGGCCUUCGACGUCAAUGAGUUCGACCAGUACCUCCCUCCCAACGGCUCCACUCUCCUCACCCCGACAGAUAGCACCACCCACGGACACAACACCUUCCUCCUGCCCAGCCUCCACCCUCACAACCCUGCCAGGACGCCAAAAAGUGGGACUGCAUCCUCUUUAAUAUGUCGUGAAACCCCCAGGCUCCACGAGGACACCAAACCUCAGAUAAAAACUGAGCAGAUGAGUCCAGAUCACUACAGCAGUUCCUCCACUCCUCCACAAUCUGAUUACACGUCCUUUAGUUCAGGCUCAUCCUCCAACACCCACCAAUCUGACUACAGUGACCUCCAGGGCUCCGGUUUCUACAGCAGUGCUUUCUCCGGAUACCCCGCGGCCGGUCUGUAUCAGUACCCGUACUUCCACUCCUCCCGAAGGCCUUAUGUUUCACCUCUUAUCAACAGCUUGGCCUUGGCACCACCUCCACACAGUCCUCCUCCAUCAGUCUGGGAGCAGCCGGUCUACACAACACUCAGCAGGCCUUGAAGACGAGGAAACUCCCUGCAGAGAACUUUAGAUAUGGACCAAAACGUCACAGGACAGAACAGUAGCUGCUUUGUUGACCGGUUUUAUCAUUUAAUUCUGAAGGAAAAUGCAGAUAACAGUAACUGUUGUAUUGUGCAUUAAUAUACAGUUACAUUUGUUUAUUUUCAAGGAUUUUUUUUAUAUGAUCGACAAAGAUUCAGUGUUUUGAGUCUUUUCUGUUUGAGGCAUGACAUUUGAAACCUCCAAUAAAAAGUCACACUAAUGA